GUACUUCAAAGCCAUUGAAGCUAUGCUCGCAGAUGGUGUCCACAAAACGUUUGGAAGAUACGGUAUGCACUCACGAUGCUUCUAUUGCACGGGAUGUAGACAUUAAUUAUUCCUCCGGCAAGCCGAGCGAAAUAAUCGACAUCAGGAUGGAGAAUCACCGCAACAUUAUCACAGGCUUGCUGGGAGUUAGUGACUGCCUGUUGCCCGCGUCCAGAGCCGACUUGAUAGAGUUCACCGAUCGAGCGAGGGUUGCGUUAUUUGAAGAUAGUAAGAUUGCUAUGGUUUCACCUACGGCUGCGAAGGAGAGACAGAAGCAGAAGAAGGCAGCCAUGAAGGCGAGCGGUGAGGACACCAAGACGAACAUCAUGAAUCAGCCCUCUGGGUCUCAGCAGGGCAAAGCCAAGUUUCACGAGAAGCACUACGACGACUGCGGCAACGGUUGGAGUGGCCUAGGCAAGGAUGUGAUGGUCACUGUUGGCUUUUCGGACAAUGAGAUUGUUGACUACAACAGUGACGAUGACAUGAUAGAGGACAACGUGUUUCAGCCUUACUGGUUUUCUGGACUUCAGUCGGCACCUCAUUUUGCCACGAGAAGCACUCCGUUUGCGCAGAUAUUCAAGUGUAUGGAAGCCAUGAAUGUAUUCCAAUCCAAGAUGGACGAUGUCGAGUUUGACGUAUGCGAGAUUGCCGGAGGACAG